AUGAAUAUACUCAUCCAACUGCUUCUCGCUUUCGCUCUGAAAACAUUGGCCCAGGACGACGACUUGCCACCAGAGCUCGUUGCCACCGCUUAUCCAGACUUGAAUGACACAAAUCUUCGCGGUACAUGGCUGUGGGGCUUCAAUGGGUGCGACAACGUCCAGACAGCAAAUAUUAAGGAAGCAUACAAUGAUUUCAAAACGCUUUCCAACACCGAAGGCGUUCUAAGCAACAUCGAUUGGAACAGUGCCGCUGCCUUGGAAUACCUCGGUCCCCCAGGUUUCAACAAAAAGCAGCGGAAACAAAUCCAGGCUGUUUUUGCAAAUGCGGCAACUGUAUACCCCGGCUCAUUCGCCAAUCCGUUCAGAUUGUGGAUUCGUGUACGGUGCGACGAUCCUUUCAAGAAAUGUACCGAUGAUUGCAAUCCUCCGCAGGAUCCGCCUCCCCAAGACCCGUUAUCAUCUCUCAAUGCAUAUUCGAAGAAUCAAGACCCGGAUGACCCCGAUUCGCCUAUGGUUAAUUUUUGCAACCCAUUUUUUCAAAAGAGAAGUCUUACAAACGCGUACGCUUUUGGGAGCGCUCAAACUGGGGCUGCGAAAUUCGACAUUGACAACUAUAUUAAUCGAGCCGAAACUAUGUUUCAUGAGCUUCUCCAUAUCGACAAUGUCGCUGAUUCUGUGGGAGGCGUCCCGAAUCCGUCGGUUGACGAUCUGACAAUCACGUACACCUUUCGCAAUCAAAAUGGCAAACUCUUUACCUUCGAUAGGACAGCAUAUGGUUCCGCCCGCUGCAAACUCCUUGCACGUUUCAAGCCAGGGGUUGGCGAUUUCUCGACCGGCUAUUAUGUUCAGCGAAAUGCUGAGAAUCUUGUAUACUACGCGUUAGCCAAAUAUGUCCAGAAGAAGCUUGGGGCAUAUCCUCAUAUCCCCGUCAUCAGAGAGUAUGCCAUUACAUUGCCGCCCUACAAGAAACCGAAGCCUGUCAUUGAAUACAUAUCGAUAGACAACAAGACUGUGUUGCUGGAUGAGCCAGAUCUUGAACCUGUACCCGGAUGCAGUGACCGUUUGGAUGAAGACAGCCCCGACACUCUCACGCUGGGAACGCCAUACGACGACAGCGAAUACCCCUCAGACUAUCGAAUUCAGAUGGCUCAAUGGGUGGGCGCCUUGUCUGAUACUCCAGCCCCAGGCGAACCAUUCCCCCCCAGAUGUCAGAGUGAUGUCUUGACCGACGCUACUCACAGCACCAGUCUUGCCGAGGCUUCCGACAAAGUCCACCAAUUUUGCAGCAACAAGGCCUGGUGGGGAGUGAAUAUCGUUCCAGCAGUUACCUUUGGUGAUGGAUCUGGCCACAAGGCGCUUGGUGUUAGCGACAACUUUACAGUCAACGGCUCGGCUGACAAGCUUUACCUCGACGUUUCUUGGAAGCCCGGAUGUAUGGGAAGUUCGCUAUUCACCGUCGGAGCCACAGAUAGCGACAAAGAGUCCCAUUGCACUACGAGAUUUCUGACAGUUUUGAAUGGGGUGAGUCUGAAAACCCGAAAAUCCUCACCACAAGAAGAAAGACCUCUGAGCUAA